GGAUCCCAUGUGGAAUGGUGUAAACAGCUGAUAGCUGCAACCAUUUCUAGUCAGAUUUCAGGGUCUGUCCCAUCAGAAGGUGUGUCCAGAGACUACAGGGAGAUUCAGGAUGGACACAAUGGCUAUCAUUCUGAAGCAGAACCUGAUCAGGCACUGCGGGAUGGAAACAAACUAGCACAGAUGGAAGAAGCUCCACUUUUUCCUGGAGAAUCUAUCAAAGUUAUUGCUAAAGAUGUUAUGUAUAUCUGUCCAUUUAUGGGAGCAGUCAGUGGUACACUAACAGUGACGGACUUCAGGAUGUAUAUCAAAAGUGUUGAAAGGGAUCCACCUUUUGUUGCCGAUGUUCCCCUUGGGGUCAUAAGUAGAGUUGAAAAAAUUGGAGUACAGAGCCAUGGAGACAACUCGUGUGGUAUAGAAAUAGUUUGCAAGGAUAUGAGAAAUUUGCGGCUGGCCUAUAAACAGGAAGAGCAGAACAGAUUGGAGAUUUUUGAAAACCUUGUAACACGUGCAUUUCCUGUUUCUAAUGGGCUGCCUCUUUUUGCAUUCAGCUAUAAAGAAAAGUUUGCUGUUAAUGGCUGGAAAGUAUAUGAUCCAAUGGCAGAAUAUAAGAGGCAGGGUUUACCCAAUGAGAGUUGGAAAAUAUCCAAAAUUAACAGCACUUAUGAGCUUUGUGAUACAUAUCCUGCUAUUCUUGUUGUGCCAACCAGUGUAAAGGAUGAUGACCUCUCAAAAGUGGCAGCGUUUAGAGCAAAAGGCAGAGUUCCAGUAUUAUCCUGGAUUCAUCCUGAGAGCCAAGCAACAAUAACACGAUGCAGUCAGCCAUCAGUAGGCCCAAAUGAUAAGCGUUGCAAAGAAGACGAAAAAUACUUGCAGACAAUAAUGGAUGCCAAUGCUCAGUCACACAAACUUAUCAUCUUUGAUGCCAGACAGAAUAGUGUUGCAGAUACAAACAAGGCAAAAGGUGGAGGAUAUGAAAGUGAAAGUGCCUACCCAAAUGCAGAACUGGUCUUUCUGGAAAUUCAUAAUAUACACGUAAUGAGAGAAUCCCUGCGUAAACUUAAAGAAAUAGUUUAUCCUACUAUUGAUGAGACUCGGUGGUUAUCAAAUGUGGACUCCACACAUUGGCUGGAAUACAUAAGGAUGCUUCUUGCUGGAGCAGUAAGAAUUGCGGAUAAAAUUGAGUCUGGUAAAACAUCUGUAGUGGUACAUUGCAGUGAUGGUUGGGAUCGAACUGCACAGCUUACUGCGCUAGCUAUGCUUAUGCUGGACAGCUAUUACAGAACUAUCAAGGGGUUUGAAGUUCUUAUCGAGAAAGAAUGGAUAAGUUUUGGACACCGAUUUGCAAUGCGAGUAGGACAUGGAGAUGAUGAUCAUGCUGAUGCAGAUAGAUCUCCCAUUUUCCUUCAGUUCAUCGACUGUGUUUGGCAAAUGACAAAGCAGUUUCCUGCAGCCUUUGAAUUCAAUGAGUUAUUUUUGAUCACCAUUCUGGAUCACCUUUACAGUUGUCUCUUUGGGACUUUCUUAUGCAACUGUGAAAAAGAGAGAUUAAAAGAGGAGGUAAGCACAAAGACUGUAUCGUUGUGGUCCUAUAUAAACAGCCAGUUAGAUGAGUUCACAAAUCCUUUCUACGUGAACUAUGAAAACCAUGUCCUGUAUCCUGUUGCCAGUCUGAACCAUUUGGAACUAUGGGUGAACUACUACGUCAGAUGGAACCCAAGGAUGCGACCUCAGGUUCCAAUCCAUCAAAAUCUUAAAGAGCUCCUUGCCAUCCGGACGGAGCUUCAGAAGAAGGUUGAAGAUUUGCAGCGGGAAGCUGCUACACGAUCCAUUUCUUCCUCCUCUGAUAGAGGUUCAUCUCCUUCCCAUUCAGCCACGCCAGUGCACACCUCUGUGUGAUGUGUAACAAAAGCCAUGUGAAAAAAUUUGUCAGGUAAUACAGAGAGGAGGGUGAAAUGCUUUUCCCAUCACAAAAGGAUUGUGAGUGACUUGUAAUUGCUAUGAUCUACAUGCCUUACUUUGUGUCUGAUACUAUCAUGAUGAGGCCAAAAAGAGCUUCAAUAGAUGUGAUGUGUUUUCUUGUUGGCAGUUCCCACAUGUGUUUUACUGUUCUAGCUAAAUCACCAAUUGCAAAAUUAAACUUUGUUUUGAGUAACUAACAAUUUAACCAUCCUAAAAAGGAAUCCAUCUGCCAAGCAGACAGAAAAAUGCCUCUCACUGCCUAGGGUACCAUGCCUGGUUGAGAGAAUCAGAUGAAAUGCUGCAUGAUGCUUACACAGAACACAGAAUGUUUUUCUGAAUGGGAGCUCCCAUAUUUCACUUGGUAAUAUAUAUAUUUUCUUUUUUUGCUAGAGCAAUUUAUUUUUUUUAGGUAAUUAAUGCACUUGGAAAUUGAUUUUAAAAUAAAUGUUUUCCAGUGUAGUCAGUUUUACAUUUUGACUAAAUAUGCCAUUAAAAGUGGAUGAAGUUAAGCUGGAUUUAUCAAGUACACCACACUGACGUGUAUGAUGUAAUAUAUUUGGUAAAGCAUGUAUUUUAGGUUUUUUAAUGCCUUUUGUACAAGUUGAAAUAAAGUCUUUU